AUUUCUUUGGACAAACAGGCAGCAGAAUGGACCAGUUCAGUCAGGGUUAUGUAGAGUUAUACAUUGACUUGCAUUUCAACUUUUGCAUGAUAACCUCAGGCACUGGAUUCUUUUUGGCUGGGGAGAGAAGUCACAGAGUCUGAGUGAUGGGGUCAUAUCCAGCCCUGGUGUUCAUCCUGCUGUUUUCUGCAACUCUGUGCUUCAGUUGUGAUGGUGGAAAAGUGCUGGUUUACCCCAUAGAUGGAAGCCACUGGAUUAAUAUGAAAAUCUUGGUGGAGAAGCUUCAUUCUCAGGGCCAUCAAAUAACAGUCAUACGCUCCUCCACCAGCUGGUAUGUUUCUGAAUUCUCACCCCAUUACACCUCCAUCACCAUCGCCCAGGAACAGUCUCAAAACAUUGAGAGCCAGGAUUUCAUGACCUCUUUCUUGAGGAGGUCAAUAGAGAUCCGGCGCAGUAUAGGCUCACUAGGGGCCUUUCUGGAUUUUUAUAGGAACCUUUUCAACAUGAUAGGGGAGAAUCAGGAAGUUGUGGCAAAACUGGUCAUCAGUAUCUUUGAGAAUAAGACACUAAUGAAGGAGCUGAAGGAAACUGGAUAUGAUCUUUGUCUGACUGACCCUGCAUUUCCAGGUGGAGUGCUGUUAGCACAUUAUCUCCAGCUUCCUAUGGUCUUUAAUGUGCGCUGGCUUUUCAGUGGAGAGGCACACUUCGCCAUCGCUCCUUCUCCUCUCUCCUAUAUCCCCGAACUUUUCUCUGAAUACUCUGAUAAAAUGGACUUUUUUCAAAGAAUCAAUAAUAUAAUCCGUCAUGGCAUAUUGGUCUACAUGUACUACUAUAUCUCAAAUCCACCGUACCAGGCUGUGUGUGAUCGUUAUUUUGGACCUGAUGUCGACGUCAUGUCUCUCAUCCAGGGAGCUGAUCUCUGGCUAAUGCGGGUUGACUUUACAUUUGAGUUCCCUCGUCCCACCAUGCCCAAUGUCGUCUACAUCGGAGGGUUCCAGUGUAAGCCCUCCAACCCACUUCCAUCAGAUUUAGAAGAAUUUGUGCAGAGUUCUGGUGAACAUGGAGUGGUUGUCAUGACUCUGGGGACCCUGUUGGGCGACCUCGGCCCUGAGAUAUCAGAGAUCAUCGCUUCGGCAUUUGCCAACCUCCCUCAGAAGGUUGUGUGGAGACACAUUGGGAAAAGACCUAUCACUCUGGGAAAUAACACCAUGUUGGUCAAAUGGCUGCCUCAAAACGAUAUACUAGGUCAUUCUAAAACUAAGCUGUUUAUCACACAUGGGGGUACUAAUGGAAUUUAUGAGGCCAUCUACCACGGUGUCCCAGUUCUGGGGAUUCCUCUCAUCUUUGAUCAGUAUGACAACAUGGUACGCAUGAAAGCUCGGGGAGGGGCUGAGAUUGUUGACGUGACAACCUUGGAUGUUGAGUCUCUGACAAGUACUCUGAAGAAUAUGCUAGACCCAGAAAAUCCAUACAAACAGAAUAUGCUCAAACUGUCACAGCUUCAUCAUGACAAACCAAUAAAACCCAUAGACAGUGCCAUUUUCUGGAUAGAGUACGUCAUGAGGUACAAGGGUGCAGCACAUCUGCACACCGAGUCAUACAAGUUGCCAUGGUAUGCCUAUCACUCUCUAGAUGUGAUGGCAGUCUUUGUGGUAUUUGGUCUCCUGAUUAUUGCAUUAGUUUGCUUUUCCUGUAGAUGUCUCAUUGGACGUUUGAUAAGGAUGAAGAAGUCCACAUCCAAGUCCAAGAAUGAAUAGAUAACUAAGAUAGAGCAAGCUGGAGACUGUUGAUAAGAGUGAGAUAAAAUAGACCAGUAAUUUACAGUGGUUCUGUAAACUGUGGAAUAACAGAGAACAAUAUAGAGAUUUAACAUGAAUGUAAUAAUGGGAAAGUGUUGGGAAUUCUAUAAUUGCUUUAAAAUGUUUAAAUUAUUAGCCUGAUUCAGUAACACUUUCUAGGAAGACCACAUCUAUAGUGAACUAGUGACUAGUUAGAAACUAGAUGUUGACUGAUGGAGUUUAUAACACAUUGUGAUUACCACACACCUCAUCAACCAACUGUAGUAAGGACUCAUUGUAUGCUAUAAUUGUCCAUGCAGUAUUUUCCAUUAUAGUUGUAUGUGUUUGUAUGUGUAUUUCCAUGCAUUUAAAAUAAUCUAUGCACCAUAAGUGAUUAUUAUGUAAGACCAGGGGUUACUUGUAUGUAAUCUGAUACAAUUACUAAUUCCAUUACAUGUACAUUACAAAAAUCCAAGUAUGAGAGUAACAUAACUUGAUUACUUCUGGUUUCUUUUGUAUUGCCUCAACACCAAAUGUGCAAAUAACCACAGGAUAUAAGACAACAUAACAAUGCAACCUUAGAAAAGAAAAUGGAAAACAAAAUUUUAGCAUCAAAAAUGUGUCCUCUGCUCAGUCUAUUUUAAAGAAAAACCUUUCAUGAACCAAAUUCAGGCAGUAGCAUUUAGACCAUUUUACAAUUGGAAUGCAGAACUUGCCCUGUGCUGUGGUGUUGUUCCCCUUUCUGCUUUAAAGACAAAAUAAUCGUGACAUUUGUCAGACACCCAGGCAAAGCAUUUUGUGUCAUAAUGAAUUGGCAACUUUAAUAUUAGCUUUAGUUUCACUCCAGACCAGAGUAGUGUUGUGAGACUCAAACUGUUGUAAUUAGUAUGCACUGUGCACGGUAGCACUGUUCUUUAUUUUGAAGUUUAUUUUGAAACUGUAAUCCUGCUAAUAAUCCGCAUUUUUACUGAAUGUAACUGUAAUGUUACAACUCCUUUAUAUGUAAUCCUGUGUAAAAUGCCCAAAAUGCAGACAAUUACAAGUAAAAUGUGUUUGCUUUAGGAAUGAAACCUUAAAGCAACACGAUGUAAGGUAUUGGUAUUUGUUGCAAUUUGGCGUGCCCCAGAGUGCAAAGCAGCUGUAAACAUACAUUUGUUAUAAUUACAUUACUUGUGAUCAAAAACUAGACAGUAACAACUUUACUGUCAAACACAGAGAAAUGAGUCAGAGAGGCCAAAGGAAAGCUUGCCACAUUGUAUAUUGUUUUUCUAUGAAUAUAUCAUAUAGGUUUUAUAAAUUAUGGUUUAGCAAAUGUUACUUUUCUGCAUUUUGGCAUCUUACAUAAUAAUCACUUAUGAUGCAACAUUGAUUCUUUUGAAUGCAUGGAAUUCAUUAAGCUUUACUUACCACCAUCAAUGGAUUAUUUUGAUGAAGCAUACAUUAUUUUAGAUGCAUCAAUAAUCAGUACCUCACUUUAUGUAACACCUACAAUGACAACUGAUGAUACUGCUUGGACGAUUAUAGCAUACUAUGAGUCCUUACUACAGUUGUUAAGCCCCAUCAGUCAGUCUCUAGUUUAUGAGUAUCCAUAAGCCCUUGAAUUUACAAUUCUAUAAGUCACAUUAUAAUGUUUUAUGAAUGUUAAUAUCAGAAAGUGGUAUGUGUGUUUAUGAGUGCAGUCAUAAAGCAUUAUGAAUGCAUCAUAAUUAACUAUGAAUCCCCCAAUAAUGAACAAUAGAUGUGGUCUUCAUAGAAACAGUUACCCGCAAUUCUCUCUGCUGAAAUGUCUUUUUGAAAAUUAAACAACCGAUUUCUGAAGGAAUAACUGUAAUCUUUGUAAAUUUUAAAAAUGCAUCACAAAUUAGUUUUACAAUGUUAUGUCCUUUUGUGGUGGUGGUUUCAUUAGUCAACAUCAAAAAUACAAAUCAUAGUAUUGAAGACAAUUUAUUGUUUUUGAAAACAGAAACUUUUGGUUGUUUUAUAUUCAUGAUUGAAAAUAGAAAGGAACAGAAUUAUUGAAAGAAGAUACCAUAACAGGAAAAUUUUUUAUAGUUCUAAAUGACACACCAAGAUUUAUGUGAUUUAUCUGAAUUUCCUGUUAGUCUAGAGGAUCAGACAGUAACACUAUCAUGAAGAACGUAGAUAGGUUGUACUACAAGUUUUAUUAACAGAAAGAUUGCAAUACGUGAGAAAAUUACUGACAGCUACAUUUACAUUAUUGUCAAAUUACAACACUUUUGCUGGACAGCUGCAUUGUAAACAGUUAAUGUUAAAAUCUUAACUUGUUAAGCUUCAUCUGCAGUUUGUGGCACAGGCACACAGCCCGAGUUUGACAGAGACAAACGGCUGAAUGUCUGACGAACUUGCUGGAGCAACUGUCUGAGCUGGGCAGGAAUAUCUUCAUUUACAUGUAGGUAAACCAGAGGGUUGAGAGCACUGUUCAGACACACAAGGCCUCGACUUAUCUGAUGAGCAAUGUAGACUCUAUUAAACCACCCUUGGCACAGCCCUUGUUUUAACAAAACUCUUGAGACAAGGUUGAGAUUCUUGAGUACAUGAUAGGGGAUGUAACAAACAGAGAAAAGAAGAAUCAAGAUGAACAACAACUUCAAGCUUCUCUGUUUCAGUAUCUUGUCAGUGGUAUUUAUGCGACAAAGAAUGACAAUCAUGUGUCCAUAGCAGCCCAGUGUGAUGAGGAAGGGGAUACAAAAGCCAGUGACUGUCCAUCCAAGUCUGUAUUUCAGGUAAUCCUCAACAUAGAUCUUAUGGGUGGUAUCAUAGCAUUUCCCAGUUCUGUUUCCAAAGGUUUUGGGGUAGAACAUGUCUGGAAGACUUUGAACACUCACCAACAGCCAGACUGUGAUUGAGAUAGCCACAGAGUGAGUGACAGUUAUUCUUCCCAUUACUUUCAUUGGAUGAACAAUAGCCAGGUACCUGUACACACUGAUACAGGUGAGGAAGCCAAUGCUGCCAUAUAAAUUCAGGUUGAAGCAGAAUCUUGUUAUCUUGCAAAAUGAAUCUCCAAAGAUCCAUUUACUCCCCAUAAAGUAGUACACCAUCAAAAAUGGGAGUGUGAGCAGGUACAAAAUGUCAGCAAGUCCAAGGUUGAGAACAAAAAUAUUGACAUUGCCCAGUUUCUUCCAGUUGUGCAGCAAAGACUUGAGUCCCCGUCCAUUGGCUACCAGACCAAUGAUGAAUACCAAGAUGUAAACAGGAGGCAGAAAUCUGUGUUCAAAGUUGAAAUUGACACGAGGGCAAGUUUUAUUCAUUCUGUCUUCUGAAAAGAAGUCACCCUCUGUGGUUGGUCUGGCUUCUGAGACUUGAAAGAAAAUGUCUUACUAUUUGUGCAAAGAAGACUUCCUGUGUGACGCCCUGCCGCCUCAGUUGGAAAUGUGCUACAUCACUGAACAUGCAUGUAAGCUUUGUCCAAUCACUGCUCAUUAUUUUAUCAUUUGUAAAGCACUAUAUAAAAACUCUACAACAACAUAUCAUAGAGGAUGUGGUCUCUUGGUUAAUAAUAAAAAUAGGGAGGAACCAUUAUAGAGUUAUUGAAAGAAGACACUGUAACAGGAGAAUUUUUCAUAGUUCAACAUGACACACCAAGACUUAUGUGGUUUAUCUGAAUUUCCUGUUAGUCUAGAGCAUCAGGUAGUAAAACUAUCAUGAUGAACACAGAUACCUUGUACCACAAGUUUUAUUAAGAGAAAGAAUGCAAUACUUGAGAAACAGUUACAUUUACAUUAUAGUCAAAUUACAACACUCUUGCUAGACAGCUGCACUGUAAACAGUUAAUGUUAAAAUUUUAACUUGUUAAGCUUCAUCUGCAGUAUGUGCCACAGGCACAUAGCCAGAGUUUGACAGAAACAAACAGCUGAAUGUCUGAUGAACUUGCUGGAGCAACUGUCUGAGCUGGACAGGAAUAUCUUCAUUUGCAUGGAGGUAAACCAGAGUGUUGAGAGCACUGUUCACAAGAUCUCCUUGUUUGUUUUUUCAUCAGUCGUCUCUCUUUUAAUUUUCCUUCCCCCUUGUUUUAUCUUCCUUAUGUUUGUACUUACAUGCUCCCUAAAUAUGUUUGAUUGAGUAUAGUUAUGAAUGUAAUUGAAAUUGACACAAGGACAAGUUUUAUUCAUUCUGUCUUCUGAAAAGAAGUCACCCUCUGUGGUUGGUCUGGCUUUUGAGACGUGAAAGAAAAUGUCUUACUAUUUGUGCAAAGAAGACUUCCUGUGUGACGCCCUGCUGCGUGAGUGAUGCUACAUCACUGAAUAUGCAUGUAAGCUUUGUCCAAUCACUGCUUAUUAUUUGAUAAUUUGUACGGCAAUAUAUAAAAACCCUAUAACAACA